AUGAAAAUUCCACGAACAUCGUUCAAGGUUCAAAAAAGAAUCUUCCUCGUGUUAAUUUGCCUUCACUUAGUGGACAUCCCUGAAAUCGAAAAAUUAUACCAUUUGAAGGGCUGUCUAAAAAAUGAAGCUGCACAAGUUCUCGCGUCCAUUGAAUUAUCGUCGGACAAUUACAGGGUCGCUUGGGACUUGCUGAAAGAGCGUUAUGACAAUCGUAAAAUCAUUCGCCAAACUCACGUUAAAGCACUAUUAAAUUUACCAUUUAUUUCGAAAGACUUCCCCGUUCGCUCGUUGGUCAAUCAAAUUCAAAAACACAUUAGAGCACUUGACGCCUUGAAAGAACCUGUAAAUCAAUGGGGCACUCUUUUAGUUGAAAUUAUUAAGCAAAAAUUAAUUUCGUUCAUUCGUGAAAAGUGGGAAGAGGCUAGCUGUGAUUCCGAUAACUCCACGUUCAAGGAAAUGUUGACCUUCCUGCAGCGUCGUGCUCAGUUCGAAGAUAACAAAUUUCAUGAAGUAACAGGAAAAUCUCAAAUCGUAUCGGAUAAAAAACUAACAGGUUCUCGCGUUAAUAAUAAUCAACGUUCGCAGCACGCUUUUGUGACCUCAACGGCAAAAUCUCCCUGUGCUUAUUGUCAGGGGGAACACUCGAUAUAUAGUUGCUAA